AUGGCAACCACAAUGCCCAGCACAUUAGAAAAUGCGUUUGCACUUCUUUGUAUUACUAUGGUAUCAUUGCUGGGAUUUGUCGGCAACGGCUUAUCACUUCGUAUCAUAACAUCAAAUUCACAUUAUCAGAAUGCCUUUGGCACUCUCCGUACUAUAGUUUUGCUGUGUAAUAUACAAACAAUAUCGGUUUUAUCGAUAUGGAGCGCUGUUGUCCUACUAACAGGAUUUCGGGAAUUAUCAUCGUCAGCAUAUUCCAUAGCCUUAAUACCCGGAUGCUUGGCAAAUGUGUCUUUUUACGGAGCAAUAUUGGUAAAUUUGUUAAUGGCGGUGAAUAGAUACUGCGCAUUUACUCAUUACUCUUAUUGGACCAUACCGAAAGCUCGCUGUGCGGGAAUUGUUGCCUAUUUUUUGGGGUUUCUACCGUGUUUGCCUAGCAUUUUUGAACCAUGUACUCUUAUUUUUAAUGCGGAGUUGGAUUUCCGUUGGAGUUACAGCAACACGGGUUGCGGUGACAUAAAUUCGAUGUUCGACACAAUGUUGACUACUUCGAUGAUGAUCAUAGCGGGAUGCAUCGAAUUCAUGACGUUUUUGAAGAUUAAAAGUCACAAUAAAUCGUGUAUCAGUGCACUUACGAUGAUUGGAUCUGCUCUUGUCUUUAAUAUUGGCCAACAUUUUCUGACUAAUAAAUGGACUUUAUUUGCUGUCACGACAAUUAAUUGGGUAGCAACACAUACAUUGGAUGGGUGA